AACUCUUCACGCCAUAUUCCUCCUUCCCUCCCUUCUGGUUAAAGACAGCAUGGACACAGUCGGAAAAGUUCUCAAGUGUAAGGCAGCGGUCGCCUGGGAGGCUGGGAAGCCUCUGUCCAUCGAGGAGGUGGAGGUAGCUCCACCUAAAGCCCACGAAGUACGCAUUAAGGUCCAUGCUACAGGAGUAUGUCACACAGAUUCAUACACUCUGAGUGGGAAAGACCCUGAGGGAGUUUUCCCUGUCAUCCUGGGACAUGAAGGAGCUGGGACGGUUGAGAGUGUGGGAGAGGGGGUCACCAAGUUCAAACCAGGUGACACGGCCAUUCCACUGUAUGUACCCCAGUGUGGGGAGUGCAAGUUCUGUAAAAACCCCAAAACUAACCUCUGUCAGAAGAUCAGGGUGACCCAGGGCCAGGGACUGAUGCCUGAUAAAACAUCCAGGUUCUCCUGUAAGGGAAAGCAGCUCUUCCACUUCAUGGGGACCAGCACCUUCUCUGAGUACACGGUGGUGGCUGAAAUCUCUCUGGCCAAGGUGGAUGCGAAAGCACCCCUGGACAGAGUGUGUCUGCUGGGCUGUGGCAUCUCCACUGGAUAUGGAGCUGCUCUCAACACUGCUAAGGUGGAGCCUGGUUCUACAUGUGCCGUGUUUGGUUUGGGAGCUGUUGGACUUGCCGUCAUCAUGGGCUGCAAGGCUGCUGGUGCCACAAGGAUCAUCGGCAUUGAUGUCAAUCAGGACAAGUUUGAGAUUGCCAAGAAGUUUGGGGCCACCGAGUUUGUGAACCCCAACGACCAUAAGAAACCCAUUCAGGAGGUCCUGGUUGAGCUGACGGAUGGUGGGGUGGACUACUCCUUUGAGUGCAUUGGCAAUGUUGGCAUCAUGAGAGCGGCACUGGAAGCGUGUCACAAAGGCUGGGGCACCAGCGUCAUCAUAGGGGUGGCAGGAGCCGGCCAGGAGAUCUCCACACGCCCGUUCCAACUGGUCACUGGACGCACCUGGAAGGGCACUGCUUUUGGGGGUUGGAAGAGUGUGGAGAGUGUGCCUAAAUUAGUGGAAGAUUACAUGGCCAAGAAGUUAAUGGUGGAUGAGUUUGUGACCCAUAACCUACCCUUCGCUCAAAUCAACGAGGCCUUUGACCUGAUGCACUCUGGGAAAUGCAUCCGUGCCGUCCUUCAGCUCUGAAGAACAAGUUGGUGAAUCAGAGCCAUUCGCCUUUACUUCCCCUCCUUCUGCCACACACCAAUCAGAGACAAUUUAGUACUUAAUCUCUGUGCACUUAGUGUCAUAUGACUCAGUGGUUAGUCUUUACUCUUGUGUUAAUUUUCACUUAGAGAGCACAUAUUUUGAAUGGUAAUCAACUGAAUAAAACUUGACUAAAAAACUA